GCUCUUUUUGCACACAAACGCGAGAAUCGGGUGUUGGCAGAAAAGAAGCCUGCAGCUGAAGGACCAGAGCUAUAAUCCAGUCUCUGCCUCAACUGCCACACCUGCCCCAGUCUUCUGGGCUCCAUCAAGGGGAGAUUUGGAAGAAGAUGACUUAAAGUCACAGGGUGGAAGCAAAACAAGAACAAGAUUUAAAAAUGGGUGAUGUUGAGAAGGGCAAGAAGAUUUUUGUUCAGAAGUGUGCCCAGUGCCAUACUGUGGAAAAGGGAGGCAAGCACAAGACUGGGCCAAAUCUCCAUGGUCUGUUUGGGCGAAAGACAGGUCAGGCUGUCGGAUUCUCUUACACAGAUGCCAACAAGAACAAAGGCAUCACCUGGGGAGAGGAGACGCUGAUGGAGUAUUUGGAGAAUCCCAAGAAGUACAUCCCUGGAACAAAAAUGAUCUUCGCUGGCAUUAAGAAGAAGGGAGAAAGGGCAGACUUGAUAGCUUAUCUCAAAAAAGCUACUAAUGAGUAAUAGUUGGCCACUGCCUUAUUUAUUAUGAGACAAAUGUCUCAU